CUUUAUGAUUCAAGUCAAAUUCUUCAAUUUUUAUAUUAUAACUUACAACUAAAAGAAUUAAAAAAAACCCUAAAAAAAGAAAAGAAGAUAGUUUGCAGAAGAAGUAUUCAAAAUGUACUGCUUUUAUUGGAACCAACAGAUCAUCAUCAGAAGAAAAUGGGUCUGCACUGCAGUCUAAGCAGCCCUAAAACCCUACUAAUGAUUCUUACAAUAUUAAAUUAAAGAGCUGUUCUUGAUUUAUAGUUAUAAAUUGUAAAUUCAAAAUCAAGAAAAUCAGUUUUCAAGAACAACAAGUCAGUUUUUGUAAAGCAUAAAUUUCUUUGUGAGUUGUCAAAGCAGAAUCUCUUCAGUUCAGUUCUUUAAAAACAUUAAUUUUAUGUAAUAAUUUUUUUAUACUCUGUCGUUUUGUUCAAAUCUUUCAAUAUUUCAGAAGUCGAGUGUGACCUAAUUAAGCCAAUUAUCUCUUCUUGUUCUCAGUCUCCCGCAAGAAAAUAGAAAAAACAUCAUCGUCAACAUCAUUAGAUUUGUAAGAAAAAACAUGAAAAGAAGACUAUGGUAUCUUAUAAUAGCGACUCUGCAGAUAAUCACUUGGUAUUCUGUAUCACAUGAAGCUGUUCCUCAGACAGUCCACAUCCCACAUUUUCCUCACUCUGUUGCUGCUGCUGAUGAUGAUGAUGGCAAAACUCAGAUUCGUAACGAACAGACAUAUAGAGGGUUAAGCAGACUUGGAUCGAGACCGCCAAUUUGUGUGCGUAAAUGUGGAGGAUGCUUGCCUUGUAAUGCCAUUCAAAUACCGGCAACUACAGAUCGUAAAACUGUGCAGUAUGCUAAUUAUGAACCUGAAGGAUGGAAAUGCAAAUGUGGCACUGCCUUUUUUAAUCCUUGAAUUUAUUACUAUUAUCAACUUACACACUACUUCUUCUUUUCUUUUAUAUUUUCUUCUUCUUUCGUGGUCUUUUGCUGAGCCGGAUUGAAAAAGAAGGGAUACCGAUGAACCAGAAUAUUUAAGGUGCGGUUUGAGCCUGUAUUUGAAUGCAAUUGCAACAAUGAUGUCGCGGAUUUAAGUAAAGUAAAUGUAACAUUCCAUGCUGGAUAAUGUUAGUUUGAUUUGAGUGAUUUAUAAUGUUUAGAUCGAAUUCAAUUGUAUUA